AUGAUUGUAGACGUACUUAUUGCUUUUUACCAAAAAAAUGAAUGUCUAUGGAACCACAACACUCCUGAGUAUCAUCAAGUAAGACACAAAGAAUUACUUUAUGACAUACUGGUAAAAGAGCUUGAUGAAAAGUAUGAUGUUGGGGGUAUCAAAAAGAAAUGGAAACAACUUUUAAAGCAUUUCAGAGAAGAGCAUGCCAAGGUACAAAUCAAGCCAUCUGGAGCAGGGACAAAUGAAAUAUAAUAUAUAGAUUUAGCCAGGGCUAAAAGCGAGGCUCCCAUUAAUAAAUUUAUAAUUUAAAGUAAACAAUAAAGUUGUAUUCGAAUUCCACAAUUCAGUUAACUUUAGAGCACAUUUAUGUGACUUUAGAGGGAAAGGCUACCUGAUUUUAGAGAAAAAUAAUUUGCAAACAGCCCAAGAGUGAAUCAAAUGUUACAUCGAGUUGAUAGCCUCAUAUGUACACCCAAAAACUGGUAAUCAUCUUCGGUCACAUUUAAGAGCCAUAAUGGCUCUUGAUCACCGUAGAUUAAUUAGUGGAAAAAACAAAUCAGGCCACCUUUUUUGCAUUCGAGAAGUUUACUUUGCAAAAUCUUGUCAACAAAUCUGGGUGCGUUUAAACCAACCUUUUAUACCAUUUAUACAUCACAUCUGAGGUGAAACAGUAGGAUGAGGCACUGUUUUUAUCAUACUGGCAGACCUUGGACAGAAAGCAGUAUUUCACAAUACAAAUUGCACUCAUUCAAUAUUCAUAAACUGUUAAAAAAAUUUCCAAAAUCACCUAUACGGCCAUCCGGUUCUCACUUUUGUAGUGCGAGUUGUGGCAAGUGUUUGAAUGAACAUUAACAGAGUUACGCUCCAACAUUAUAAAGAAUUUAUUCUGUUUAUUUUUUAUUUAAUGGUUUAUUAACGCGCGGCAUUUUGAGUACUCCUGCAAGCGAUGUUCACUGAACGACUGAAAACAAUCGGCACAGUGAUUAAAAUUACAAGAGAGACUACUAACAAUCAAUAAAAGAAACAUAAUUCGGUGAAACAUAUACAGAAACAACAAUUUUCAUUCAGGAAGACAAGUAUUAAAGUAUCCCUAAAAAUCCUGAGUCUUCAAGCUUCAAGCUUAAGUUUAUGUUUUAAGCCGGCUUCCCGGUGUUUGCUUUUUUCUAAGACAAACUCGAGGCAAGAAAAUCGCUCAAAGCUUUCUUUUCCGGCCAGAAUUAUAACUAAAUAUUCUUUGGAACGUUUUCUUUCUAUUUGCGGUGAGAAACUGUCUAAAGGCUUUUUAAAGUUCUGUAAGCUUAUAUCAAACCUGAUACUCGGUCAGAUCAUUGUCUCAAAUCUUACAAACGUGCAUAAACUAAAUGACCGCAUAAACUCCGCUCGACUUCAUUAAAUUAGAUCCAAAAAAACAAACAUCAAAUACAAUAAUUUCUCUGGCUUACCAUUUGAAAUGCAGCUCCUGAAAGGUAUUAAGAAAAGCCAGUAUCGCUUCAGACUUUGCAAUCCUCUUACGCAUCAAGCAAGGUGAAAACGAAAAUGAUGCCAUCCGAAAUCGGAUUUCCGACUUCGACAAGCGACGUAUUCCUCAACCAAAAACCCAAUAAACAAACUAGCCAUGAAUAACAGAGGACUCCUGAUAGCAGCUGAAUUUCAUUUUGCACAUCCAGUGGAAAAAGACAGUUAAAAACAUCACAAGUUGACACAAAACUCUGUCAGCCUCAGCUGUCAAAGUAAACAAGAUUCAAGAUGCUGCAUAAAUUUUCCGCAUGAACUCAUCUGUCAAAUUUUACCAAUCAGAGCAUAAACAUUGGACGUAGAGCGUGACCAACGCGUGACCAUGGUGAGAAAAGUCAAAAGCAACUGUCUUCCCUGCCUGUAACAGCUGGCUGAAUUUUCGCAUCCGAGGUGAGUUUGCAAUCAAAAUUUUAAUUGUGUAGCACAUAAACACAACAUAUUUCAUAUGAAUUUAGAAAAAACUUGAACUUGAGCCUGCAAUCACUUGAAAACUAGUAACUUGUCAGCGGAUAACUUCAAAAAAAUACUUGACCUCGAUGGGUCGACACCUGAGCCCGCGAUACGGUCAAGUGAUACUGGUCAGCGGGUACCCUGUUUUGACAGCUGUCAAUUGAUCAAAACAUUGAUGUCCAAUAUGUGUGCAUUAUCAGUUUAACUAGUAAAAGUAUGAGAUUGAACAUUGUUGGCGAUCUAGUAAAACAAUUAACUGGUCAGCGGACAGCUUCCAAAUAAAUCACGUCACCUCGAUGAGUUGACACAUGAGCCCGCGAUAUGGUCAUGGGAUACUGGUCAGUGGCUAUCCUCUUUUGACAGCUGUCAAUUGACCAUGUUGUGAAUGUCCUAAAAUCCUAUAUUAAAAAUGUGGACUUUCCAAGACACGCCUGAGACACCCCUCCCUUCCUUUUGAUAGUCUCCCCUACCCCACCCGUACAAUCUGUAGACGCGUACGUACGUACGCUCGGUCAAUCACGUGACAACCAAACGAAAAGAGGUUGACCAUAUUCCAUGAGUAUAGGGCUCUGUCCCACGCGCGCUUCGCGGGCGCGGGAGCCCCGCUAUAAGCCAUCUUGAGAAUUUUAUGAGCAGCUUCAGUUUGUAACUGUGGUCUGUGAUGAUACUGAUGAAACCACAGAUUCUUUGACAUCUGAGCCAAAACCUAAAUCCAGAAAAUUAUCAAAACAGCUGCAAAAAGCUCGUGAGGAGAAAAAGCUUGAGCUAUUUUCAGAAGCAGUCAGAGCCAUCAACGAACCAGUCCCCUAAGUAAUUCCUAGUGAGAACUCCGUGUUAAAAGAUGAAGUAGCAGCAGAUUGCAAUUAUAUUCGACUUACCUUGUCUAAAUUCAGUGCCAGUAACUUCAGAAGAGCUAAGAAGUGUAUAGGAGACAUCCUGUUCCAAAUUGAAGAUAACGGGGAAGUCGAUACUAGAAUUACUCCACAUAUAGCCUACUCAAGGGAUAGAUAUAGUCCCACUCCCUCAUCA